UUCUGUACGGGUAUCUGCUGUACCUUGGAGCUGGUGGGGCGCGAUGCCCCGUGUGAAGGGCCGGCUCAGGCCUGCGCCGCUCUGAGGUGGACAUGAGCUCGCAGCAGUUCCCCCGCUCGGGCGCGCCCCCCGCCGGCCUGGGACCAGCGCCGCCGCCCAUCCCCACUAGCGGCUCCGCCGGGCUCAUCGCCCCCGCCGCCCCAGUGAGCGAUGAAUCUAGUCGCGACUCAGAAGUUGCUCCUAGAGAGCACAUCGGCCCUGGUGGCUCUAUACAAUCUCGAGAAGAAAAGCAGGAACCAGUGGUGGUUCGGCCAUAUCCACAGGUUCAGAUGUUGACGCAGCACCACCCUGUCCAGUCUGGUGCCCCAGUGACAGUGACAGCACCACCAGCACAUUUGACUCCAGCUGUGCCACUUUCCUUUUCAGACGGGCUUAUGAAGCCUCCCUUGAAGCCUACCAUGCCCAGCCGGCCCAUUGCUCCUGCUCCGCCCUCUACUCUCUCUGCUCCCACAAAGGUUCCUGGGCAAGUUACUGUGACCAUGGAAAGCAACAUACCACAGGCUCCAACAAUUCCUGUGGCAACAAUCAGUGGGCAACAGGGGCAUCCUAGUAACUUGCAUCACAUCAUGGCUACCAAUGUGCAGAUGUCUAUCAUCAGAAGUAGUGCUCCUGGGCCUCCGCUACACAUUGGAGCUUCUCACCUACCCCGAGGUGCAGCGGCUGCUGCAGUGAUGUCCAGUUCUAAAGUAACUACAGUCCUGAGACCAGCUUCACAGUUGCCAAAUGCAGCUACAGCUCAGCCAGCAGUUCAGCACAUCAUUCAUCAGCCAAUCCAGUCUCGUCCUCCUGUGACAACUUCAAGCACUAUUCCUCCUGCUGUGGUGGCAACUGUCUCAGCCACAAGAGCUCAGUCCCCUGUUAUAACUACAACAGCAGCACAUGCUACAGAGUCAACCCUCAGUCGACCCACCCUGUCUAUCCAGCAGCACCCGCCUUCUGCAGCUAUUAGUAUCCAGCGGCCUGCACAGCCGAGGGAUACAGCUACUCGGAUUACACUACCAUCUCACCCAGCUAUAGGAACACAGAAGCCGCAGCUCCACACCAUGGCUCAGAAAACCAUUUUCAGUACUGGUACUCCAGUGGCAGCAGCAACAGUGGCACCUAUUUUGGCAACAAAUACCAUUGCUUCAGCAACCACAGCUGGUUCUGUGUCUCACACACAAGCGCCUACAAGCACCAUUGUCACCAUGACAAUGCCCUCCCAUUCUUCCCAUGCUACAGCUGUCACAACCUCAAACAUCCCAGUUGCUAAAGUGGUUCCUCAGCAAAUCACGCAUACUUCUCCCCGGAUCCAGUCUGAUUACACAGCAGAGAGGAGUAAUCUCAUACCCCUUUCUAGUCACCGGGCGUCUCCAAACCCAGUAGCAAUGGAAACCAGAAAUGACAACAGGCAGUCGGUGCCUGUCCAGUUCCAGUAUUUCUUACCAACAUACCCGCCUUCUGCCUAUCCUUUGACUGCACACACCUAUACCCCCAUCACCAGCUCAGUGUCCACAAUUCGCCAAUAUCCAGUUUCAGCCCAGGCGCCCAACUCGGCCAUCACGGCUCAGACUGGUGUCGGAGUGGCCUCCACUGUCCACCUCAACCCCAUGCAGCUGAUGACUGUAGACGCGUCUCAUGCCCGUCACAUCCAGGGCAUCCAGCCAGCACCCAUCAGCACACAGGGGAUCCAGCCAGCACCAAUCAGUGCCCAGGGCAUUCAGCCAGCACCAGUUGGGACCCAAGGACUCCACCCCGCCACGCCAAUUGGCACGCAGGGACUGCAGCCAGCACCAAUCAGUGCUCAGCAGCCACAAGCUGACACGAAGACUUCGGCAGUAGUCUUGGCAGAUGGAGCCACCAUUGUAGCCAAUCCUAUUAGCAACACAUUCAACACGGCUUCUGCAGCAACUACAGUUGUGCAAACCCACAGCCAGAGUGCCAGUGCCAGUGCGCCAGCCCAGGGCUCUUCCCCGCGCCCAAGCAUCCUCCGGAAGAAACCAACCACAGAUGGGCUGGCAGUCCGGAAAAGCUUAAUUCCACCUCAGCCACCUGAAGUAGCUAGCACACGUGUCGAGAGUACUAUGCGAAGCACAUCUGGAUCACCGAGGCCUGCUGGUGCCAAGUCCAAACCUGAAAUUCAUGUGUCCAUGGCCACUCCAGUCACUGUGUCUAUGGAGGCAGUGUCUAAUCAAGGCAGUGAGCAGCCCACCAUUGCGGUCCCCCCUACCUCCCAGCAGCCCCCCUCUGCCAUUCCAACAAUCAUCGCAGCAGCCAGUCCCACUUCGCAGCCUGCAGCAGCGCUGUCCACCAUUCCAGGAGCUGUCCCGGCUGCUCCACCAACUUCUACCACAAUUGUGGCAGCACCCGCUCCUCCAUCAACCAUGAGCGGUGCCCUGUCAGCAGUGCUGGGUCCUGCAGUACCGGAGAUAAAAAUCAAAGAGGAAUUGGAACCUAUGGACAUAAUGCGACCAGUAUCUGCAGUCCCUCCUUUGGCAACAAGUACUGUGUCUCCAUCUUUGGCAUUGCUGGCCAACAACCUUUCAAUGCCUCCAAGUGAUUUGCCACCUGGUGCCUCCCCGAGGAAGAAACCCCGUAAGCAGCAGCAUGUCAUCUCCACAGAGGAAGGGGACAUGAUGGAAACAAACAGCACUGAUGAUGAGAAAUCCACCGCCAAAAGUUUGCUGGUGAAGGCAGAGAAGCGAAAGUCUCCUCCAAAGGAGUAUAUAGAUGAAGAAGGUGUACGAUACGUCCCUGUGCGUCCAAGGCCGCCUAUCACAUUGCUGCGUCAUUAUCGCAAUCCUUGGAAAGCUGCUUACCACCACUUUCAGAGAUACAGUGAUGUCCGGGUAAAAGAAGAGAAGAAGGCUAUGCUACAGGAGAUCGCCAAUCAGAAGGGUGUAUCCUGUCGUGCACAAGGGUGGAAGGUCCAUCUCUGUGCGGCACAGCUACUACAGCUGACGAACCUGGAGCAUGACGUGUACGAGAGACUGACUGCCCUGCAGGAGGGACUCAUUCCUAAGAAAAAGGCAGCAACCGAUGAUGACUUGCAUCGAAUCAAUGAACUGAUACAGGGGAAUAUGCAGAGGUGUAAACUUGUGAUGGAUCAAAUCAAUGAGGCUCGAGACUCCAUGCUAAAGGUCUUGGAUCACAAAGAUCGUGUUUUGAAGCUUCUAAACAAGAAUGGAACUGUCAAGAAAGUGUCCAAAUUAAAGCGAAAGGAGAAGGUCUAAAGCCCAAAUAAUGACUCUGGAAACGGAGAAUGUGUACAGAAUGGAGUUGAACCUUUUUGUAGUUUGGGUUUAUUUUUAAGCAGAGCAUCUGAAUAAAAAGGAUAAGUUUAGGGAACAGAUGGCAACAGAUGGACAUUUGAAGCCUGGUGACCUGAAGGGAUUGUCACUGAUCUGUCAUAAUGAACAAAGGUUUCUCUCGGGCUCAUCCCUUUUUGAAGUCUUUCCAGUCCCAUUUGUUUAACCCUCCUGAUGUGUCAGUGCCUACUAAUUGGAACUAGUGAAGCAGUGUGCAGCGGACAGUGCUCUCCUGUUCUGCAGCUUAGGGGUAAAUGUACAGAAGGUGUAUAUACACCUGUAAUGCAGGGGACACAGGGAGGCUGACAUACAGGUAUCGACCCAGACAGCAACCAUGCUUCAAAGCAUUGAGAAUGACACCACUUUCAGUUACCCCAUUCAGUUCUUGUUCUUCUGACCUUCCAGUGUCUGAAGUAGCCUUCUUAAAUCAGUGCCACUGCACUAGGAGAUCUGCCACAUCCAGAAUCUCCAAUGGCUCAGAAGUCCUAGCUCUCAAGUUAAAAAAAAAAAAAAAAAAAGGAAAAAAGGGGGUGGGGGGAAAUAAUUUCAAACUGAUUUUUGUAGUGUCUCUGUGUGUGUGUGUGUACGUGUCUAUGUUGGUGCUCUGGGAUACUUGUUUUGAAGUACCUCUUGCAACAGAGGACUUCCUGUAGCUGGUGUAAUGUUAAUUGUA